AACGAAGUACGCGAUCUGUCAAGGUGACACGUAAUAAAAUAAAUUAGGUUAGAAAAAAUUAAUUUGACUGAAAUUUUUUAUCUUUUAAUAAUUUUCAACUUUGAUACAAUAAAACAGCGGUAAAUAAAAAUAUUUGUGACUUACCUUCGUUGUAUUCAGCGUCGCAUCUUCUAGACUUUUUGUGGGAAUAGGAAAGUAUCCUUUUACAAAAAAGUCGUAAACAGUUCGUAUGAAUUCUCCAGUUUUCUAAAAUUAUGGACAUUUUUGUAAUCAGUGUUUUGUAUUAUCGUGUCACAAAGUGAGUGACAUUGCUUGCGUGUCCUAAUUCUGCAAAAAUUAUACUACAUCCCCAUACCAAGGAUUUUGGACAAUUAAACUUUUAAUUUUGAAGAAAUGAAUGUUUGUGAAGUGGAAAAUGACACGAUAACAGACUAAUCUCAGAAAACUGCCAUAAAAAAUUGUGGGGUAGGCGGUGAAUUCGAUUAGCUUUUGUAAAUAAUUGACGUCGAAAAAUUUUCAUUGUCUUCAAUAAAAAAAUUAAUUAUUUUAUUCACUAAAAGAACAAAUUUCAUCAAAUAUCAUGGAACCUGUGGAAAAAGUGUAUCCCAGUAUUGAGGAAUUGGGUAACGUGAAUAAAAAAGAGUGUCCUGAAUGCUCAGCAUUAUUUAACUCUGACUCUAAUCUGAAACUACAUUUAGUCAAGACUCACAAGAAAUCAAAGCUUUUGGAACCUGUUAAUACUAACAAAAUUUUUUACUGCCCUAUAACUACUUGCUCUUACAACAACACGUCGCAUUUCAAGCAAUUGAAGCCCUUGAAGCAGCAUUUUUUAAAAGUUCAUUCUGACAAGAAUUUCGUUUGCAAGUUGUGUCAGAAAGGCUUCGCCACUGAAUCAUCCAGAGACAGACACACUGAAUAUUGUGAUGUUAUUUUCAAAUGUUGCGACUGCGACAUGUUUUACUCGUGUUAUGAAACGUUAAAAACACACAGUCGGCGUAAAAAACACGACAUUCUUGAAAAAGUCGCCUAUAAAACGUCAGUAACUCCAACUGUGAAAAAUCCAAAGAGUGACAACUCUUUGGUCUCGAACAAAUUUAAACUUAUUCUUCUCAAGCCAUCCAACAGCACUGGAAUGAUUAACACUAGUGAUACUUCCGAACAAAGUGUCCAAACUGAUAAAUCCAACAACAGUCAAGAAACGCAGACGUUCCUAGCGACUAGAAUGCCACAAUUCACAGUUGAAACGCAAACCAUUGGGGAUUAUUUCACUAAGAGGCCCGAUAAUCUCAACACAAAUUUGAAAAGUAUCAAAACUCAAACCAUCACCCCCGUCCCUAAGACGUCUUCCUGCAACACUUCGUUCCUUUUGGACGAUUUUGUACUGAAUGUGAUGGACGAUGUGCAGAGAAGUUCCUCUAGUACUCAAACAAACAUUUGCGAAGAGUCUGAUGAAGACAUCUACUCUGCCUCAACAAGCACACAUGACUCCAUCCAUACGGACACUUCAGAUUUGUUGAAGGACACUUUUGACUUGAAUUACUUUAAUAUGGAGACUCAGACCGACUUUGAUGAAUUGUUCAAUUACUGUGAUGACUACAGCAAUAUGUACACACAGACUUGCCAGGAGUUAUGGUUGGGAGAAAUUGGACUGAAUGACACACACACGCAAACUGUUAUUGACGACGUUCUUAAAUCGGUUGAAAGCCAAACUGUUAUGUCCCAAUUUAAAAUCCCGCCAACGAGCUGUAAGGACAAUGUGACCCAUAUGGAAACCCAGACUGACAUGCACUUUAAACAAAUGCUGGAGGAAAUAAAUGCCUGACUAUAAUGGAAAUAUCUUUGGUUUUGUUAAAGCAGGAAAUUCUGAACUCGCCUUGAAAAUUGUUUGAUUUUUACAAAUUCAAUAUUUUUGUUCAAUUGGUACAUUUUUAACGGAGAGUAAUUUAAUAAAUUUUUAUAUCUA